ACUUUAUCAGCAACUUCAAUAUAAUUCUGAACGGCCAUCAAAGGGGUUUUUCCGAUGACAUUGUCAGUUUCUAAUAAAACAGGCUCGUUUUUCUCGUACACUUUUUCUAGGCCUCUUGUUUCUUUGGACGAUCGCACGGCAGCAGUAAAUAGACCUUUACUUCUAUAUAAUAUAAUCAAUGUGACGAAGGUGUUAACAAAACAAAAUAUUAAAUAACAUAUAUUUCAAUUACUUACGGAGACGAUGAGAUCGCUUUUUUAAUCGCUAUCCCUCCGGAUUGUUUAAUUAAAUUGAAAGCCAUAUUAACGAACAUUAAAUUAUUUUUUUUAAUUUAACCCACGGAAAAAAUAUAAGACCGAGUAUUAAAUUGCGAAAAUUAUCUGCAAUUCGAACAUCUGAUAGCAAUACCAUCGCUUGUGAUAACUGAUAACUGAUAACUGAUUGAUUUAUUACCUUGAAUUACUUACCAAUUUGCAGGUUAAAGUUAUCACGCGCGCAGAUUUUCAAACAGUAUCCCACCAUGACUGAUACAGACACAUUAUAUUUCUCAAGUUAUGAGGAUCUGGAGGUAAAUUUAUAAUUAUUACCGUUAUUCCACUGAACGUUCAGUUUAAUAUUAAGUGUAUAAAUUUCAGGUUCAUAAAUUAAUGAUACAAGAUUCACCAAGAACUGAAGCUUACAAAAAUGCAAUUUUAUCAAAUAGGAUAUUGUUUGAAGGCAAAGUCGUAUUGGAAGUGGGAGCUGGCACAGGAAUACUGUCCAUUUUCUGUGCACAAGCUAAGGCUUCCAAAGUAUAUGCAGUAGAGGCCAGCAAAGUGUCUGAAAUAGCCAGAAAGCUGGUCGACGAAAAUCAUUUUUCCAAUAUAAUAGAAGUUGGUACAAAACCAGAACAAAUUAUUUUAAAUAUGCCUAUUACUUGAUAAUUUAUUAACUCAAUUUUAAUUUAUAGGUGGUUUACAGCAAAGUAGAAGAUAUUACUUUACCUUGUCAAGUGGAUAUUAUCGUUUCGGAAUGGAUGGGGUUUUACAUGUUACACGAAGGAAUGUUAGAUAGUGUACUUGUGGCACGAGACAAGUUUUUGAAACCUGAUGGCAUUAUGUUUCCUUCUCAUUGCAUGCUUUAUGCCAGUCCGUGUUCACUGCCAGAUUUGUAUUCUGAUUGGGAUAACAUUUUUGGUGUGAAAAUGCGAUCAUUUGCACAAUCCUUACGUGGUCUAUAUUUAAAUAGGCCCAAGAUCAUGAGCAUUAAACUGGAAAAUAUCCUCGCCCAAGACAUUAAUCCUAUGGUUGAAUUGGAUCUUCGACACUGCCAAACUCAACAACUUGAGGAAAUCAUUGUAAAAAAUUAUCUAACUGUGAUUGAUAAGAACGGUAUUUAUCAGGGUGUGUGUUUUUGGUUUGACGUACAAUUUUUGAAUAAGGAUAACAAGCUGAGCACCUCCCCUGGAGCACCCCAAACACAUUGGAAACAAACAAUCAUCGUGCUACCUACACAGAUGGAGGUAGAAGAAGGUGAUGCCGUGAUGUUUAAUGUUCAGUUUAAACGCAGCAGUCAAAAUUCGAGACAUUAUAGUAUUAACUUGGAAAUGCUGAAUGCUGCACAAGAAUCACACCCAAAUCCGUGUUGCUGCAAUCAGACAAAAUGCAAAAUCAUCAGAACUUUUCUAGCAACUACACAGAAUGUUUUAGACGAUGAUGACGAAUUGAGCAACUACGAUAAUGACCAAAAUGAGUAAACUAUAAGUCAGAAUACUUAUUUAAAAUUUAUUAAACAUUUUUUAAAUAAUCCCAUCGUGCCUGAUAACUGUAAAUUUAAGACUAAUUAUGUUUAAUUGAACAUUUACUGAAAAAAAAAAAAAAAAAAACAUUUAAACUUAUUAUCUAGAUAUUUUGUAAAGAUUACGUGAAAAAUAAAUAUUUUACAUAUUAAAAUUAUUUUAUAUAUUUAUCCAUAAAUUUCCUAUGGAAAUCUGAACGAAUGCAAUCAUUGAUAAAAGUUGUGUUUUUUUCUGGUUCUGUGCGUGCACAAUUUUUAAACACCACAUCAUCAUUCCAGCGCCUCUUGACUUUUUGGUUAACUUUUGGUGCUGCACCUGGUCCAUAGCUCAAUAGUGGAUUUCCUUGAAGAAUAUUUUGAAUUCUGAUUUGUUCUUCAGCUUCACGUUUUUCUGCAUCCU